CCAGAAUCCGGGAGCCCUCAGUGACUGUGGAUUGCGCAGACGCCUCUGCAGCCCCAUCCCCCCCCAGCCGAGGCAGCGCCAGCACCGGCUCAGGCACAAGGCCGGAGCCCCUGGACUGCCAGGGUCCGUACCAGGGAAGAGGAGCAGGAAGAGAAAUCUGUCUGCUGGGCCCUGAGCGUGGCCUGGGGGACAGGCCAUCAUCCCAGGAUGCCCCUGCCCGAGCCCAGCGAGCAGGAGGGCGAGAGUGUGAAGGCCGGCCAGGAGCCGUCCCCCGAGUCCCCUGAGCCAGGGACAGACGUCGUCCCCGCAGCCCCCAGGAAGCCCAGGAAGUUCUCCAAACUGGUCCUGCUGACAGCCUCCACAGAGAACGUGGAUGAGGUGGACUCCCAGCCCGAAGGAGAGCACUGUGUCUUGUCCCUGGAGAUGUGUGACCCUGACACACUAGCCAGGACCCCUCAGAUCCUGCCAGUGGAGGAGCAAGCGGAGACAGUCCAGCCAACCCCCCAGGUCCCUGAGCAUAAAUGCAGCCAGCCAGACCCAGCAGCCCCCACGCCCCUGGAGUUCCUGAGGACCCCUUUUGGGGGCCGCCUCCUGGUGCUCGAGUGCUUCCUGUACAAGCAGGAGAAGGCUGUGGGGGACAAGGUAUACUGGAAGUGCCGUGAGCACACUGAGCUGGGCUGCCGUGGCCGGGCCAUCACCCGGGGCCCACGGGCCACCGUGAUGCGGGGCCACUGCCACCCGCCUGACGAGGAGGGCCUGGAGGCCCGGCGCAAGAGACAGAAGCUGCCCAGCCCGGCCCUGCCUGAAGGCCUAGGGGGUCCGGAGGGCCCUGGAGGCCAAGUGGAGGAGCCACUGGAGGGGGUGGGCCCAUGGCUGUGCCCUGAAGAGCCAGAGCCCACCCCUGGCGUGGUGCUGAGCAAGCCGGCCACAGAGGAGGACGAGGGCCUACGAGCCCUGUCGCUGCUGAGCUUGCCCCCCAAGAAACGCCCAACACUGGGGACCGGAGAACCCCCGCCCCUGGAGUUCCUGAGGACGUGCUACGGGGGCAGCUUCCUGGUGCACCAGUCCUUCCUCUACAAGCGAGAGAAGGCCGUGGCGGACAAGGUGUACUGGACGUGCCGGGACCACGCUCUGCGCGGCUGUCGCAGCCGGGCCAUCACCCAGGGCCAGCGGGUGACGGUGAUGCGCGGCCACUGCCACCCGCCCGACGUGGAGGGCCUGGAGGCCCGGCGGCAGCAGGAGAAGGCCAUGGAGACGCUGCAGGCCCGGCCGGGUGGGCCUGGGGGCCACGUGGACGAGCUGCUCUCCCGCAGCGGGGCCGGGCCCCUGCCGCUCAGCAGAGCCCGGCCUAGAAAGCGCACGAAGGUCCCCCCGGCCCAGCCCCCAGCGCUGCAGGGCUCCCCCGCUGGGGACCAGGACGACGACCUAGGAGGCCCCGAGUUCCUGAGGACCCCUCUGGGGGGCAGCUUCCUGGUGUACGAGUCCUUCCUGUACAGGCGGGAGAAGGCGGCCGGGGAGAAGGUGUACUGGACGUGCCGGGACCAGGCCCGCAUGGGCUGCCGCAGCCGCGCCAUCACCCAGGGCCGGCGGGUGACGGUGAUGCGCGGCCACUGCCACCCGCCCGACCUGGGGGGCCUGGAGGCCCUGAGGCAGCGGGAGAAGCGCCCUGGUGCGGCCCAGCGGGGGAGCGCAGGAGGCCCCGAGUUCCUGAGGACCCCUCUGGGGGGCAGCUUCCUGGUAUACGAGUCCUUCCUGUACAGGCGGGAGAAGGCGGCCGGGGAGAAGGUAUACUGGACAUGCCGGGACCAGGCCCGCAUGGGCUGCCGCAGCCGCGCCAUCACCCAAGGCCAGCGGGUGAUGGUGAUGCGGAGACACUGCCACCCGCCCGACCUGGGGGGCCUGGAGGCCCUGAGGCAGCGGGAGCAGCUCCCCAGCCCAGCCCAGCGGGAAGGCUCAGGGCCCCCGCAGCCUCUGGAGUUCCUGCGGACCUCGCUUGGGGGCCGGUUCCUGGUGUACGAGUCCUUCCUCUACCGGAAGGAGAAGGCGGCUGGGGACAAGGUGUACUGGAUGUGCCGGGACCAGGCCCGGCUGGGCUGCCGCAGCCGCGCCAUCACCCAGGGCCAGCUGGUGACGGUGAUGCGGAGCCACUGCCACCUGCCCGACCUGGCGGGCCUGGAGGCCCUGAGGCAGCGGGAGCGGCUCCCCAGCGCGGCCCAGCGGGAGGACCCAGAAAACAUGAAACUUCCACCAGAAGUGCAGCUGUGCAUCCAGACUGUCCCUCCGGAAAGCCAGCAGGUGUGCGGGAAGGUGAACGACAUGGAACUGCACAGUGAGAAGCAGUGAGGCCCGUCUCCUCCACGGGGACCUCGUGCUGCCAGCGCCACGGAUGCUCCGAGCCCACACCAGACCCUGGCAUUUUCCACCCGUCAGAUUUUGCUUCACAAAGACUCUUCCACUCUUCCAAAGCACUGGUGGCCUUCACGCUUCCUCGAGGGGCCUCCCAGAAGGAGGUGUCUUCGAGCCCUGACGGUGUCUUCGAGCUGGCAGACGAGCGCCAGGAGCCGGCAGCCUGUACAUGUGGGUGAUGUGGGGAGAGGCCCCCACCCAGGAAAGAUCCAAAGAAACAUCUUUGUCACAGAGACCCCCCCCCCCCGCCCCUCCGCUCGGAGCCUCGAACACCCAUCCGUUUUCAGAGCACGUGACUUGGCCGAGGACUUUCCAGGCCGGUGCGGCCCUGCUGGGCCAGGGCGCCUUUGGAGAAGUUCCUGCUGCUUCGGGCUGAGCCUCCCUGCGUAGCUCCGGCCUCCGCGGGUGUCUUCUGGACAGGGCCACGUGGGCCUUUGCGCCCCUCGGCCACCUGCCGCAGGGCCGCAGCCCUCGCUCCUGGCAACACAGCAGAGGCCAGCCUGCACGCGCUGUCACGCUCCCUCUCCCGUGCUGUCUUCCCAGGGUCCCGAUCCCCGUGGCGGGCGUCACUGCCGGCAGUGGGAGCCAGCCCGGGUGUCCACUGGGAGACACGACCGGGCCGGCGGUGUGUGGAUCGCCCGCGUCUGUGUGAUGCAGGAGAGGCAGAGCCGGAUGGCAGCGGAGACCUGCCCCUUCUCCCGUCCGGGACGGUGGCGCCGCAGAGAGCCGCCCGGCGGUCCGAGGAGCAGACAGUAUCCGGCUGCAGGACAGCGACAGCUUGGGACCCCACUGCCCCUCUGCUUAUACAUUUCCCGCCAAUAAACCCUGUUUUAUAUCUCA